UGCUCUCAUCAGUAAGCGACAAAGAUGGCCGCCUGUAGGCUACUCCGCUCCGUGUCUUCCAACUUCAUUGCAGUUUUGCCUUCUCUCACACGGUCGGCACAGCUUUCCUCAUUGCGCCUGGGUCCUACACCUUGUUUCAGACGAACGCUGGUCUCAUCUAGUAGAUUAACAGCAGCACUAAAAUUCACAGACAAGCACGAAUGGAUCCGAGUAGAAGAGGACGGGAUUGGGACUGUCGGCAUCAGCAACUUUGCCCAGGAGGCUCUUGGUGAUGUAGUGUACUGUGGACUACCAGAGGUGGGAACACAGCUGGCUCAGCAAGAUGAAUUUGGAGCCCUGGAAAGUGUCAAAGCAGCCAGUGAGCUUUAUUCUCCUUUGACAGGGGAAGUUGUAGAGGUCAAUUCACUACUGGCAGACAAACCCGGUUUGGUCAACAAGUCCUGCUACAAAGAUGGUUGGCUUAUGAAGAUGACCAUCACCAAACCUGAAGAGCUUGAUGCAUUGAUGGAUGAAGCAGCCUAUGAGAGAUACAUUCGUUCUAUUGAGGACUAACCCGACACCCCCUUUCUUAUAAAUGAUUUGCUCUCCUUUACAGACACAACUGACAGGGAAACCCACAAGUUGUGCCCGUUUCCUUCAUUAUUCUUGGUUAGCGUCCACUGGCGGAGUUCAGCAGCCUCAGCUGACCUGCCAGUGUUGUGAAGCUGUGAACAUAAGUAUUCCUUUAUUUACUGUUAAGGACUGACUUUAGAGGACUGUCAGUCUGGACUGGGGUCACAUUAAAUUUUGAGUUGUUGCAGAGUCAUCCCCUAAACAGAAGAGACUCAGUCAGUAGUUUAUGAGCAUUUCAGUCGAAAGAAAACUUGAAUACACUGUGGAACAUAGAUAGACUUUACAUUUGCGAAGCACUUUUUCUUUUUAGUACUGAUUAUAAUGUUGGCCUACUUUGCAUGUAUGGCAAUUACAAUGUAGACAAGAGACCUGUAAAUUAAUAAAUGAAAAGUUCCUUAAA